AGCAGCGCAUGGGAAGCAAAGCCUGAGACCUCCAGAGAAGAAAGCACCAGCUGCAGAGCCAAGGCCGGCAUGGCUCCCACUUUCAAACUUCAAUGUCACUUCAUUCUGAUCUGCCUGAUGGCUUUAAGAGGGGAGAGCCGGUACCUGGAGCUGCGGGAAGCGGUGGACCACGACCCUUUCCUACUCUUCAGCGCCAACCUGAAGCGGGAGCUGGAGGGGGAACAGCUGUACCGCCGCGCUCUGCGCUGCCUGGACAUGCUGAGCCUCCAGGGCCAGUUCACCUUCACCGCUGACCGGCCGCAGCUGCACUGCGCCGCCUUCUUCAUCGCAGAGCCGGAGGAGUUCAUCACCAUCCACUAUGACCUGGUCUCCAUCGACUGUCAGAGCGGAGACUUCCUGAAGGUGUUUGAUGGUUGGAUUCUCAAGGGGGAGAAGUUCCCCAGUUCCCAGGAUCACCCUCUCCCCACGACUGAGCGGUACAUAGAUUUCUGUGAGAGUGGUCUUAGCAGAAGGAGCAUCAGAUCCUCCCAGAACGUGGCCAUGAUCUUCUUCCGGGUCCAUGAACCAGGAAAUGGGUUCACAUUGACCAUAAAGACAGAUCCGAACCUCUUUCCCUGCAAUGUCAUCUCCCAGACCCCAAAUGGAAGGUUUACUCUGGUCGUGCCGCAUAAGCAUCGCAACUGCAGCUUCUCCAUAAUUUAUCCUGUGGUGAUCAAAAUAUCUGAUCUCACCCUGGGACACUUAAAUGGUCUGCAGUUAAAGAAGUCCUCAGCAGGCUGUGGGGGAAUAGGAGAUUUUGUGGAGCUGCUGGGAGGAACUGGAUUGGACCCUUCCAAGAUGAUGCCUUUAGCUGAUCUCUGCUAUCCUUUUCAUGGCCCUGCCCAGAUGAAAAUUGGCUGUGACAACACGGUGGUGCGCAUGGUCUCCAGCGGGAAACACAUAAAUCGUGUGACUUUUGAGUACCGCCAGCUGGAACCAUACGAACUGGAAAACGCGAAUGGAAACAGUAUCCAGGAAUUCUGUUUGUCUACUCUUUGAAUAACGAAGCCAAUGAUUACCAUGC